AUGCCAGACGAGGAGAAAGCGGCCGACGAACUGUCAAAGCCAGGCGCCGACGCCGACUUGCACAUUACAUUCCAUGGGGUUGAUGUUGACGAUGAACGCCAGAGACGUGGGCCGGGAAUUGGGCGCUCAACGAGUCGCGCAUCAAGUCGCAGCUCGCGCCGUCGCUUGCCCCAGACUUCGCCGUAUGCUGGUAUUCCCAUCCAGUAUCGCACACUCUCCAUUCAUGAGUCCGAGUCACGUCGCGUCGAAACAGUAGCUGCAGAUGUUGGAGACAAAUCAGAAAAGGAAAUUAGCAAGCAGGACCAGGACUACUUUGCCGCCUUGAAUUAUCACCAACUCAGCACCGACAUCAUCUGCCAACAGCUCAAUGUUUCUCAAGAUGCUGGACUGUCGUCGACGGCGGCAAAGACGCGGAUUGAACGCGAUGGACCCAACGUCAUGCCGCACCCAAAAACAAACUACUUCAAAAAGAUCAUGUUGUAUCUUUUCGGCGGCUUCUGCUCCGUGCUAUGGGUUGGCGUCAUCGUGUUUUUCAUUUGCUGGCAGCCGCUCAGCGAUCCGCCCAGCCCCACGAACCUCGCUCUGGCAAUCCUGAUUCUCAUCGUCAUCUUCCUCCAGGCUGGCUUCUCUGCGUUUCAAGAUUGGUCCACCUCCAACACUAUGAAGAGCAUCCAGAACCUCCUUCCCUCGGAAACUUUAGUGAUCCGCGACGGACAGGAGAUGCGCUUGCCCGCAAGCGAGCUCGUGGCCGGUGACGUGGUCCGCAUCUCGAUGGGUAACAAGGUCCCCGCCGACAUGCGACUCGUCAGCACCUCGGGAGACAUCCGCUUCGAUCGGGCCAUGCUGACGGGUGAGUCGGACGAGGUGGAGGGCGCUGUGGACGCGACGGACGAGAACUUCCUCGAGACGCGCAACAUCGCGCUCAUGGGAACGCUGGUGGUCAACGGGAGCGGCACCGGUGUAGUUGUGCUGACCGGCACUCGAUCCGUUAUGGGUCGCAUCGCGCAGGCCAUAGAGAUUGUCCGGUUUGUCAAGAUCAUCGUCUGCUUCACUGUUGCGCUGGCUUCAAUAAUCGCCAUCGCUUGGGGCGCGUGGCUGCGCAAGGAUCAUCCGGGUUUCAUGUCUGUGGUUGCAAUGCUCAACAAUGUCAUGGGCUGCGUGGUUGCCUUCAUCCCUGAGGGAAUGCCCAUCGCCGUCAGUCUAACCCUUAUGAUCGUCGCCAGGAGGAUGAAGGCCAGCAACAUCCUACCCAAGGGGCUGUCUACGGUCGAGACCCUGGGAUGUGUGAAUGUCGUCUGCUCCGACAAGACAGGCACACUCACGCAAAACAAAAUGACUGUCUCAUCGGUUGCCUUUGUCGACAGUGAAUCUGAUCCAGACGAAAUCUUCGAAGCAAGUGAAGAGAGAAACCCAAUGGCCCACGCCCUCAAGCUUCACGAGGCGGCCGUACUCUGCAACGAUGCAACUUUCGAGCCCACCACUACUCACCUACCAAUUGACGAGCGCGCAGUCCGCGGCAACGCUACCGAUGCUGCUGUCCUGCGAUUCGCCGCCCAGGGCGAGCACACCAGCCAGGUGCGGCCAAGGAAACCCGACUUCAAGGUGCCGUUCAACUCAAAGAACAAGUGGAUGCUCACCAUGUUCGGCGACGGUAAAUCGACUCCAGGUCAACAAUAUCAAGUGUUCGUCAAGGGAGCACCCGAUGUCCUGCUCCCCCACUGCACAAACUACUGGUCAACCCAGGGCUGCGAGGUGCGUGCUCUAGACAUCGAAGCGCGCGCCGCGCUCAAAGGUUUCCAAGACAAGAUGUCGCGCCGAGCCGAGCGCGUCAUCCUCCUAUGUGAGACCACUUUUACCCCCAAGAACAUCCCCGGAACCAACGCCUUCAGCGACGAGGUGGCAUCAGAGGCCAUCAAGACAGGCCUCACCGUCAUCGCCUUGCUGGGAAUCAUCGACCCGCCGCGGCCCGAGACGGCACACACCAUCUCUGAAUGCCGCCGCGCCGGCAUCCGGUUCUUCAUGGUCACGGGAGACUAUGGGCUGACGGCCGCCGCCAUCGCGAGAAACAUUGGGAUCUUCCGAGGCAGCAGCGAGCCCGACACGGUCAGAGCGGUGCAAUCAGGGGCCACACCGACGGCGGAACAGAUGCGGCAGAUGCGAAAGCAGGACGAGGGCGGUAACGGCGAGGUCCGCAGCCUGCUGGUGGAGGGUCCCGAGAUCGCGACGCUGUCCACCAACGACUGGGACGUCGUAUGCGAGUACCAGGACGUCGUGUUUGCGCGAACCACGCCCGAGCAGAAGCUCCGCAUCGUCACCGAGCUGCAGGCCCGCCACAACGUCGUGGCUGUGACUGGUGACGGAGUCAACGACGCGCCGGCUAUGCGCAAGGCCGACGUCGGUGUCGCCGUUAUAUCGGGCAGCGACGUGGCCAUCGAGGCGGCUGAUUUGGUCCUCAUGGACAAGUUCGACUCCAUCAUCGAUGCCAUCCGACUGGGGCGACUGGUGUUCCAGAACCUCCAGAAGGUUAUUUCUUAUCUCCUCCCUGCCGGCUCAUAUUCCGAAAUUGCGCCCGUCAUCCUCAACGUCUUCUUUGGUACUCCGCUGCCGCUCUCCGCCUUUCUCAUGAUUAUAAUCUGCGUCUUUACAGACCUGUUCCUCUGCCUGUCCCUCAUCAUGGAAAAAGCAGAGUUCGAUCUGCUGGCCAUACCUCCGCGGGACCACCGUCGCGACCACCUCAUCAACGCUCGGAUCUACGGCCAGGCCUACCUCUUCACCGGAACCAUGGAGACUACCAUCGCGCACUCCAUGUUCUUCCUCUAUAUGUGGCGGUACGCCGGCAUGCCCGUGCACGAGCUCUUCUUCCUGUACGAAGGGUUCGGCGAUGGCUACAGGGGAUACACGCAGGACCAGCUAAACAGCUUCGUGGCGACGGGCCAGAGCGUCUACUUUGUCACGCUCGUCAUGCUGCAGUGGGGCAACAUCCUGGCCGUGCGCAACCGCCGCAUGUCCAUCGUCCAGGCGGACCCCUUCACCAGGGAGCGCAGGAACCCGUGGUUGCCGCUGAGCAUGGCGUUGAGCUUGGCCAUCGCCGUGUUUGUGACGCAGACGCCCGGCAUACAGAACCUGUUCCAGACGGCCACCGUGCCGAUCGAGUUUUGGUUCAUACCCAUCCCGUUGGCGCUGGCCAUCUUGCUGGCCGACGAGGGGAGGAAGCUGCUGGUGCGGUUGUUUCCCAAGGGGCCCAUCGCUCGCGUGGCUUGGUGA